AUUUUAGCUGGGGAAUCUUCGCUUGACGGAACGAGCAUAAAAGCUCUCUCUUGUAGCGCGCUUGUCGUCCUUCUGACAAUUCAUGCGCAGGAUGUCGCCGACGUCAAUGGCGACGAAAUCUGCUGAUUGUGGCGCCCAAGGAUCCCGCAUCUACAUGUUUUGUGUACUUUCGCUACUUUCCUUGCCUCGUUUUAAAGCCUGGAGCCUCUAUGCAGCAUUUUCUUUGUCUAUCGAUUCUUGGGUCGGACUUCGCUAUUUUCUCUUUCGCGACGAGAUUCGUGACCAGUCAAACUACCGCCUGUAUAACAUAUGGCUCGUGGACGCUCAUCUCUUGCCAGAGAAUGGGCGUUCCCUGUGUUGGGAUGGUAGUAUUGCCUUGUUGCGUCAGGACCAUGGACUCCGGUGGUCAUUGGGCGUCUGUAUCCAGUGAGUGGAAAGGAGCCACGUUGACUGCACAAACAACACGCACAAUCAUUCUGGACCUUGGUGUUUCCCACUAGUGUGUUAUCAUCCCUUACAGGCCCCUAAAACCUUCCUACUAGUUAUAGCUUAUUCACUUGUAAUGCGUUCCCAAAGUUCGAUAAACCUUCCUUACUCCUUACUUCUAGACAUACGCAAGAGCUCAUCACUCUAUUGCUCUAAUUCUGACUUGUUGCAUCGUAUGAUAAACCACUUGAUAAUAUUAAUCCACUGUCGUUUCGU